AUGGAAGUCGUCCUCUCCAUCAACGCCGGAUCAUCUAGCGUCAAAAUCUCCGUCUACAAAGCUGAGCCCUCAUCUACCACACCUCAGCAGCUCGCCGAAGCCACCGUCGAAGGCCUGACCGCUCCUCCCGCGAAAUUGAAGUACUCCCGCGGCGACCAGAAGAUCAAAGGAAAAGAGUUAGAGAACAUCAACUCGCAAGAAGACGCCUUCAAAUACAUUCUCUCCCAUCUUCAAAAAGACGACGGACUACCUGAGCUCUCCAAGACCGAGGACAUACAUUUCACGUGUCAUCGCGUCGUGCAUGGCGGCGACUAUCCACGCGCGCAGAUCAUCGACAAGGAGACGUACCACCACAUCGAGGAGCUGAGCGAUCUUGCGCCGCUACAUAAUGCGCCGGCAUUGAGCAUUGUGAGGGCGGUGAGCGAGAUUCUGCCGCAUGCGAAGAACGUGGCGUACUUUGAUAGUAGUUUCCACGCGACUAUCCCGAAGCAUAUUUGCACGUACCCGAUCGAUCAAGAGGUUGCGGAGAAGAAUAGACUGAGGAAAUAUGGGUUCCACGGGAUCAGCUAUCAGUUCAUCACGGAUGCCGUUGCUUCACAUCUGAACAAACCAGCAGAAAAGCUCAAUAUCAUAGCCCUCCACCUCGGCUCCGGCGCCUCCGCCUGCUGCAUCAAAGCCGGCCGGUCCCACGACACAUCCAUGGGUCUCACACCCCUCGCUGGCCUCCCUGGCGCCACCCGCUCCGGCUCCAUCGACCCCUCCCUGAUGUUUCACUUCACGCACUCCGCCGGUUCGAUUUCCCACUCUGCCUCUAGCCACAUGCAUAUCACGCAGGCCGAGGAAAUCUUGAACAAGAAGUCUGGGUGGAAGGCGCUCACGGGGACGACGGACUUUGGCGAGAUUAGUGCGAGUGAAAAAGACAGCCACAAACUCGCUUUCGACAUCUUCGUUGAUCGGAUACUCAACUACGUCGGACCGUACUUUACCAAACUCAACGGCAAGGUGGAUGCGCUGGUCUUCGCUGGAGGGAUCGGUGAGAAGGGUGCUAAACUUCGACAAGAAGUCGUCAAUGGGGUGGAGUGUCUGGGCUUCAAGCUGGACGCCAAGAAGAACGAGGGUCCUGCGGAUGAGGUUGUGACUGAUGUCAGUGAUGAAGGUGCAAAGUUUAAGACGCUGAUUUGUCAGACGGAUGAACAAUUGCAGAUGGCGAAGGGUAUUUUGGCGGAUAGGGGUAGGUUUGUGGGUAAGAAGGGGUGA